GCGCGCCAGGAAGUGGGGAGAGCGCGAGUCCAAGCACUGGCGGCGGUCUUUCUGCGCGCUCCAGACGUGCCAUGCUCACGCUCCGAAGCGGCCUGAGGAAGGCGCUGGCCCUGCGGGCGCUGGCGCCUCAGGUAUGUUCACCUUUUGCCACAGGUCCCAGGCAAAGCGAUGGGACGUUAUAUGAAUUCCGCACCUAUUUUCUCAAGCCUUCAAAGACAAAUGAGUUCCUGGAAAAUUUUAAGAAAAGUGUUCACCUUCGGACAGCUCACUCUGAAAUGAUUGGAUAUUGGAGUGUAGAAUUUGGAGGCCAAACAAACAAAGUAUUCCAUAUUUGGAAGUAUGAUAAUUUUGCUCAUCGAACUGCAGUUCGCAAAGCCUUAGCUAAUGAUAAGGAAUGGCAAGAGCAAUUCCUCAUUCCAAAUUUGGCUUUCAUUGAUAAACAAGAAGUUGAGAUUACCUACCUGGUACCAUGGUGCAAGAUAGGAACACCUCCCAAGGAAGGAGUCUAUGAAUUGGCUACUUUUCAGAUGAAACCUGGUGGCCCAGCUCUGUGGGGUAAUGCAUUCAAAAGGGCAGUAAAUGCCCACGUUGAUCUCGGCUACUCUACACUAGUUGGUGUUUUCCACACUGAAUAUGGAGCCCUCAACAGAGUCCAUGUUCUUUGGUGGAACGAGAGCGCGGACAGUCGCGCAGCUGGGAGACAUCGGUCUCAUGAGGAUCCCAGAGUCGUGGCUGCUGUUCGGGAAAGUGUCAAUUACCUCGAGUCUCAGCAGAAUAUGUUCCUGAUCCCAGCGUCCUUUUCACCACUGAAGUAGCUUCCGACCUGACGUCAGACAUCCCAGUCACUGACGUGAGAUGUGUCUGCAGCGGGUGCUCAUUUCUCCCGAGAGAAUCAUUGUCUUUGUUGUCUGAAGGAGGUGGUGAGUUACCUCACUGUGCCCUCUGCAUCUUAAGGCUACCUGUGUCCAUUACUACCAGUAAAAAUUUCGGUUCAUUUUCGCCGUGCCAUUUCAUGUCUACCACACGUGAGAAGGAGUUGCUGUUACUCCAUGACCCUGGUACUUUAUUGUUCCACAAUAUCUUGUCUUCUGUGAUUUUAUGACUCAUUGCUGUCUUAUAUUCAAAUAAUGAUUUUGAAAUUUUUUGCCUGGAAAUAUUUUUAAAUUAGUUAAAUACAGUAUCUAUAUUUUU